UAAAAUUCUGUAUGUUCCAACAGUCUCAACUACAAAGUACUCAACAUAUUUCUUCACCAUUCUGGUCCCUGAUCACUUCCUCUUUACGAGCCAAAAUGCGCGAGAUUCUUCACAUCCAGGGAGGGCAAUGCGGGAACCAGAUUGGAUCAAAGUUCUGGGAAGUUGUUUGUGAUGAGCAUGGCAUUGACCCUACUGGCCAGUACGUGGGAAAUUCUGACCUUCAGCUUGAUAGAAUCAAUGUGUACUACAAUGAAGCUAGCGGUGGGAGGUACGUGCCACGGGCAGUGCUCAUGGACCUCGAGCCAGGCACCAUGGACAGCGUCAAGACAGGCCCGCAUGGACAGAUUUUCAGGCCUGAUAACUUUAUCUUCGGACAGUCAGGAGCUGGCAACAAUUGGGCAAAGGGGCAUUAUACUGAGGGUGCUGAGCUUAUUGACUCUGUUCUUGAUGUUGUUAGAAAGGAAGCUGAGAAUUGUGAAUGUUUACAAGGUUUUCAAGUAUGUCAUUCUCUUGGAGGUGGCACUGGAUCUGGAAUGGGAACUUUGCUUAUUUCAAAGAUAAGGGAAGAAUACCCUGACAGAAUGAUGCUUACUUUCUCUGUGUUCCCAUCUCCUAAGGUUUCUGACACGGUUGUAGAGCCCUACAAUGCCACCCUCUCUGUUCAUCAGCUGGUAGAGAAUGCUGAUGAGUGCAUGGUCCUUGACAAUGAAGCUCUUUACGAUAUCUGCUUCAGGACACUCAAACUAUCAACUCCCAGCUUUGGAGACUUGAAUCAUCUGAUUUCGGGUACUAUGAGUGGAGUGACUUGCUGCUUGCGUUUUCCUGGUCAGCUGAAUUCAGACCUCAGGAAGCUAGCAGUGAACUUGAUUCCAUUCCCAAGACUUCACUUUUUCAUGGUGGGGUUUGCUCCUCUGACGUCGAGAGGAUCACAGCAGUACAGAAACUUGACUGUCCCGGAACUGACACAACAAAUGUGGGAUUCCAAGAACAUGAUGUGUGCAGCUGACCCGCGACAUGGUCGCUACCUGACAGCCUCAGCAAUGUUUAGAGGCAAAAUGAGCACGAAAGAGGUCGAUGAACAGAUCCUGAAUGUACAGAACAAGAACUCAUCUUAUUUUGUCGAGUGGAUUCCCAACAAUGUAAAGUCUAGCGUCUGUGACAUUCCUCCAAGAGGGCUCUCCAUGUCUUCCACAUUCAUUGGCAAUUCAACCUCCAUCCAGGAGAUGUUUCGACGAGUGAGUGAACAGUUUACAGCUAUGUUCAGGCGAAAGGCUUUCUUGCAUUGGUAUACAGGAGAAGGAAUGGAUGAGAUGGAAUUCACUGAAGCAGAGAGCAAUAUGAAUGAUCUGGUCGCAGAGUAUCAGCAGUAUCAGGAUGCUACAACUGAAGAGGAUGACUAUGAUGAUGGUGAAGGCAGUACUGGAGAUUGAAGAUGUUCCCCAACAUUGUUGAUGCGUAUGUUACGUGCAGCAAUGCAUCAUAAACUUUAAUUUCUCAGAAGUUUUAUUCUUCCUUAAUUUCACUUCAAGUGCUUCAAAUGAGUCCAGUGAUGAAUGUGACUCUGUGAUACACCAUAUGUAUGGCCUGUCUUUCCUAUUCUAUUAUAAAUACUUAUGGAAAUUCUAUUAUAAGAACUUCUCUUUUAUAAAA